UUCCCAUCUUGAUAACUGGUUAACAAUAAUUUACGAAAUCUCCAGAAUUUGCCAGUAUCUCCGCAGGAUGAGCUGCUCUUACCACCGAUGUCGCCAACACUACAAGACUCGACACCGGCCCCAACGUCUCGUUUCCGAUUUCGCUCGCGGAAAAGUUCACAAUUUGGCACUGCACCGGUCACGCCAGCAGAAGAAAUAUCACAAUCGUCAAAACAACACCAUACCGGUCCUCUCCAUGACUUGAAGCGCUUUCUGCAUCACCAUAUACCUCAUUCUCCUCAUCACAGCUCCCACAGCACCAACCGUGCUUCCGCUGCUGCCACUCCUCACCAACCGCCAUCUCCAGAUCCGUUCAAAGAGAAAGGCAAAUUGUCGACUAUGAUGCGCCGUGACAAGCCCAACGGAAAGGACCGUAUUCCUUCUCCCUCUGAAUCUCAUUCUCCGACUUCAGCCUCGGCCUCGGACUCCGAGUUCAAUAAGCCUCGUUCUCCUGCCCAUCCCGCUGGUUAUAAUGCAAGUCACCAUCCUCAAAUAUCAUCGCAUGCAAUACACUCUCUACAGGAUGCUACUCAUGCUCAUAUCCAUAAGAAAUACGGGAAAUGGGGCAGGGUCCUUGGCUCCGGCGCAGGGGGCACUGUUCGUCUCAUAAAGGCCUCACAUAAAAACGGCGGUACCAUCUUCGCUGUAAAGGAGUUUCGUCCCAAGCGGAAUGGUGAAAGUGAGAAGGAAUAUCAGAAGAAAGUCACUGCAGAGUUUUGUGUCGGAAGCACACUCAAACAUGCGAAUAUCAUCGAGACUGUGGAUAUUAUUAGUGAGAACGGGCACUAUUACGAGAUAAUGGAAUAUGCUCCAUAUGAUUUGUUCUCCGUCGUCAUGUCGGGCAAGAUGUGUCGGCCAGAGAUUUAUUGUGUCUUUCGUCAAAUUUGCGAGGGUGUUGAAUACUUGCACUCUCUAGGUCUUGCACAUCGAGAUCUUAAACUCGAUAACUGUGUCAUGACCACUGACAAUGUUGUAAAGCUCAUUGAUUUCGGUACUGCUACUGUUUUUCACUAUCCGGGGAAGACGACGCAUACCAAGGCCAAGGGAGUCGUUGGUUCAGAUCCUUAUCUUGCUCCUGAAGUUCUUGCAGACGAAGAAUACGAUCCCAGAAAAACUGACGUAUGGAGUGUCGCGGUCAUCUUUCUCUGCAUGGUGUUGCGGAGAUUUCCUUGGAAAUCCCCCGAUGUGAAGAACGAUGCGAGUUUCCGCGCAUUUGUCAAUGCCCACCCCGACCUCAGUGUGCCUAAAACCACCAAACCAAAAGCGUUGACGUCCACUUCGCAAGUGGAACUAGGGCUCGGGCAGACCAUCAAGAAACCGCCAAUACCUAUUCGUCAUUCAACUAUGCCUUCAGAAAUGAAAAUCGCUGCUGCAAGCCCCAGGAAAGAUCUAUUGAAUUCAAUAGAAGUGGACCAAAAUUUGGCAUCACCCACCGCUUCAUCUUAUCGUGUCCCUUCCCCUUCGUCCAGCUCCUUUUCAUCAGAUUACGAUGACGACGACGAAUCAGAGCGUUCUGAUUCUCAACUUUCUCAUACGCCCUCUGUAGUGUCCAAGCAACGCAACUCUGAACGACAGUUUGCCCUUGCUACUUCACCUCGCAUUUCACGCAGUACAGCAACCCUUCCUGCGUUUGUUCUCGGAGCAAUACAGAAUGAUCUGUACAAUGAACUGUCUAUCGCUGGUGAAGUCGAUAUGGAUCCAUCCGUUCGCAGGUUCGGUCGGCCAGGAAAUUCGACGGAAAGUUUGCCAGUCAGUGCUAGUCGGACAUUUGGUAUAACUAAUGGUAUAUUCAACGGGGGAAUCAACACCGCACCUGCUACUCCAGGCAGCACCGUCCCUCCUCCUGCUAGUCCCAUCGGUCUUCUUUCUGCCCCAUAUAUGAGUGAGGAUGAACUACCUACGCCAAAAGUUGCGAAUGGUAUCAUCCCGCUUCCUCCAGCUUCUGCUCUUAGCUCAAGAACAGUGCGAGCCAGGAGUGCAACACUCAAUAGCAUUGGAGGUCCUGAGCUGCUUGCAAGCAUGAUGGAGGAUCAUUCUGUCUCCAAUGGCAUACCCACAACCUCGCCCAUGGCCUCUGCACCUAUCAAUUCUCCCACCUCCGAUAUGAUUCCGAAUAUCACGAUCUCUGAAAGGGAGCCUGAAACUCCCAAAGAACUUCCUGCGCCUGAGCAGACAACCAGAAGGCGUCAACGCAGCGAUAGCGUGACCACUUUCCAUGGUGGGGGCGCAGAGUCAAUAUUUCGCCUUCUACCGCGAGAGACGCGGCCUGCGUUAAGGAGGAUGCUUCAUGUAGAACCUGGUGCACGAUGUACCUUGACCGAUCUGCUUAAAGGUCGGGGGAAACACGGCAAUCUUCUUUGCGGGUGUCAAGCAGGCUUUCCGCAUCUGAACAUUGACGGCAGUAUUUCGACUUUGACUGGUACCACAAUUGGAGGUGGCAAAGAACCUGGUCUCAAUGGCAGUGUCAAUGGAGACAGCGGCACCAAUUCAAGCACAUCCACGCUCAGCACGGUACACCAACCUUAUUGCGUCGAUCAUGAUUGCGAGCCAGAAGAAGAGGAUAACGGUGAUCCAUGGUUGACGAGUAUCAUUCCAUGUUCGACAUUGGGCGUCAAGCCGGAUCAUGUUCACAUUAAGGUGGCGAUAGAUGAGAAAGCAGGGAAAAGAAAACUUUUUUAAUGGGGCAGUCACCGGUGACCCCAAACCGACAUCUGGGUAUCAGCCUGACCCCCCGUCUUUCUUAUCCACCAUAACAUCCCACACCUAUCUCACGACUGUUUCUUCAUUUUCGUUCCAGAACCCUUUUUCAUUCUAUCCCUUUGUUCUUUGUUUAAUAUACGUCGUUUUUGCGGUGUUUAGGCCUACAUACCUCCUAUCGAUCAUCUCAUUAUCCACUGCUUCCUUUCUUCAUUGCGGCACCAUCUCACGGUCGUUGUUUGGCUUGCAUUACACCGCAGUUCUGC